AAAACCCAAUAGACCUUUACACACGAUGGCUGAACCAGAGGCUACAGCAUCUCAUUCCAAUCACCAACACCACGACGAGGAGGAAGAUGAGAUUUUACAUGAAAUUCCAGUCUAUCUCUCUACUAAACUGGCUCAAAACUUGUAUCUAUUCCAAUAUCCUCUCAGAGUUUUGCCAUUUGCACCUGGAACGGGUCCAGCCGCAGCUCGAAUCAAACCAAAAUCCCAACUUAUAGAAGUCGACCUUCCCAUUGAUACCCGUGCACCAACGUAUGACAAGGGUCGAGGUGACGACUUUGCUUCCGGCGUAACAGGAGAGAAAUUCAGGACGGUGUUUGAUCAGGAGGAUGAAGACGAUUACUCUGGUCGACCAAAGAAGCGAACCCUUUUAGACAAACAAACACUAGGUUCCACCCUUAUACCUACAAAAACAAAAUACCUUGUUGGAGUUUUGAAAGACAAGGAACUUCAUGUCACACCGCUGACAAACACUGUACAAAUGCGGCCCACACUUUCGUAUAUUGAUAAGAGCGAUGAGAAGGAAAGAGCUUCGGCGAAGCGAGCGCAGCAAGAAGAAACGAAAGAGGAACAAAGCAAAAGUGCUGGCAAAGCACAAACCGUGCAAAUGUCUGUUAUCAACGCUGAAAAUGAAAGUACCCCGCGCAAGAACAUGUAUUCCAUGGCUACGCGAAACGCAGAUGAUGAGGAAUGGGUUAAAUUAGAAUACUUUGACGAAACGACUGUCGCGGCAGAUGCAAUGUAUGGAGAUCUUUUUGCUACGAACAAGGAAAGCUUGGUACCAACAUCAACCAGCGAAUCCUACGCAGACAGUAUCAGUCCUGUGUUUUGUGACAUCUCAUCCUGAUAACAAGGAGCGCAACGUACCAUAUUCAAAUAAACAAUACAUUAAUAAUUUGUAUAUGGUUUGCCUGUUUGUUCUUCAAGUUAGAAAUGGUGUGCUGAACUAGAGUAAAGAAUAAAAAUCAAUAGCACCGUUAAACCAGAC